AUGACUACCACCUUCCACUCCUUCCCCCGACUCCCUGUCGAGCUCCGCAUCAUGAUAUGGGAAGCAAGUAUUUCUCCACGCCUCAUUCCCACCUACGUCCGCACUAUAGACAAGUUGACCGAAAGAAAAUACUACCUCGCGGUUGAAGCACCACCUCUGCACGUCAUCUCAUACACGCCCACGACACCACCACCCAUCCUCCACGUUUGCCGGGAAUCCCACAACGUGGCCCUCAAGUUCCAAGGCGGCUACAAAAGGGUUAUCUCGAAGCAGUGCAUAGCACACGUAUACAAAUCGAUCGUCGAUCCCGUUGACUUGGAGCCGUAUGUCUGGGUCAACUUUGAACUGGACAUGGUUGAUGUUGGUACCGCGCCAUUCAAAGCCUUUGACUGCAUUUUGGGGGACGGUGGGAGGGUUAGGCGGUUGAAACUCGAGCGGCCGCCUUCCAAGAAAUGGAGGGUUGAUCCAUGUCUAGAAUGGGAUAUCGUGGGACAAAGCGAGGAGUUGAGGGAGAUGUGUGUGUGUAUGUCUGGCCAGGAUAUAUCUCACCGGAGCCUGAGAGAAGAAGCGGACUUGGCAGAGUCGAAUAGGAUGUUGGAGGAUCUAUAUAGGCCAUCGAUGGGCGCGCCGAGGAGUGUGAAGUGGACAAGAGCCUGUAGUGAUGAAUGUGACUUUACAGAUGAACGGAUGAAGGUUCAUUUUCAUCUGGUGUCGGAGAAGAUUGAAGCGGAAGCAGCGAAUGGGUCUUGUUCGUGA